AUGAAACUCUUCAGUAGCCUUUCCCUGGUGACCCUCACGGCCAUCAACUGCCUGGCCAGUUCCGUACUGGCCUUCACACCACCUGCCGUCUUUGAGAAUCUGGUUCUUUCACGUAAACUCGACCUCUCCGGAUCUUAUGUUCGCGAAACAGUCGCUCUUAGCAUCAAAAACACAGGCCCUAAAAGUGAAUCUGUUUAUUACUUUGCUUUUGAGCCCGAACACUUUGCCAACAUUGCUGUCUUUGAAGCUCGCUUAAAGACUUCAGAUGGCUCUCGCAUAAUACACGCUGUUCCAGCAGAGGAAACAAAUGACAAGGAAAAUGUCAAUUAUUAUACCCUUACCUUCACUGAGCCUAUUGAGCCUAAAGAAGAAGCAUCCAUUCAAAUUGGCAUUGCUUACAUAAAUUCUAUCUUUCCAUCUCCUGAGUUUGGUGAGCAAUCCGACCCCCAGCUUCUUGCUUAUGAAAACUCCCGCUUCACUGUCAGCGCUUAUCCCUCGGUUCGCCAAAACCUUAAGAUUCUUACCAUUGGUCUAGGCCCUCAGGACAUCAACUACGAGGAUGCCCAGGAAUCAUUCUCAGGAAAUUACACCCUUGAGCCUACUGUCAACGAAGGUGUCUUGGUCUAUGGACCCUUUGACAAUGUCCCACCCUACACUUCCAACAGCUUUAUUGUCCAAUAUGAGUACCCCCGUGCUGUCGUUAAGACUGUUCAGCUCCAGCGUGAUAUUUGGAUCUCCCACUGGGGCUCCACUGCCUCUUUUGUCGAGACUUACCAGUUUCAUCACUUUGGUACCAAAUUGAAGGAGGGCUUUUCGCGUCUUGGGUACAUGCAGCGUGCUACCUCCUAUAACCUCAAUGUCGCUUCUUACAAGGGGAUUGAAAUCCAUCUCCCUGAAAAAGCUCGCGAGCCUUUCUACACGGAUCUCGUUGGUAAUGUUUCUACCAGUAGUUUCUCUCAACAAGAAGAUCACACAUCUCUUGUCCUGAGACCUCGCUAUCCUCUCUUUGGUGGCUGGAACUACAAUUUCACCAUUGGCUGGUCCGUCGAUCUUGCCGAGUACGUCAAGACUCUUGGUCCCGAUAAAUACUUGCUGCGUGUUCCUCUUCUUGAGGGUCCCGGAGAGAUGUCUUAUGACGAGGUCAUUGUCAACCUUAUUCUUCCCGAAGGCGCUACCGAUAUUGAUGUUGCCGCUCUUCAGCCUUUCCUCCCUGAAACAACUUACAUCACCAAGAGUUACCUCGACUUUUCCGGGAGACCCACUGUCCAACUUGUUUACAAGAACCUCAUUGACAGCUACAAGCGAACUUCUAUUUUUGUUACAUACACCUACACUACUCAGGCUGCUUACAAGAAGCCUUUGGCUGUUUCGGGUGUUUUUGCAGCUCUCUUUACUGCUAUUUUGUUUUUGAGCAAAGUGGACAUUAAGAUUUCUUCUUACAACCCCAAAAAAACUAAAUAA